AUGGCAGUACUGAUCGCUUGCAAGACGAGCAUCGAUAAGGAUUCCAAUGCCUUCAAAUACGCGCUAUUGGAGGCGGCGCUUCAUACCAAUGAUGUAGUCCUUGGCAAAAAGUUACUCGAACGGGGUUUGGGUCGUUGGGACAGUAAUCGACCACGCAGGAAGAACUACCUAGCAAUUGCCGCUUUCCAAGGGAACCUCGAACUGAUGGGGCUGCUCGCGCAAGACCUUCCACCGACUGGAUUGCUGGGCAAUUGGAACCAUCCCCGCCAAUCGAUUCUACGCAAGGCCUACCAGGCCGCGGCAAAUGGAGCUAGCGUCGACGCUCUGAGACUCCUCGAUCGUACUCACCCUCGGAACAAUGCAUUUCUCCUCGAAUGGGCCCUCGGACACACGACCUGCGACGAAAUCUAUGAGCACUGCGGUGGACUCGCGGGAAAUGUCAACCCCAAAAGCCUUUCCGAGAGAUUCUCAAGAGCGUCUAAACAGAAUGCCACGCCACUCAUGGAGCGUCUUGUACAACUGGGCGCCACCGUCAACAGAGACACCGAUGAGAGAUACGUGUGGGCGGCGAACGAAUCCGAGGCCUACAAUAGCCCGAUCAGCCAAGCCGCAAUUCGAGGUCAUUACGAAGCGGUCAAGUUCCUGCUUGACCACGGCGCCAUCAUGGAACGUUCUCUUGAAGCAGCGGCGGCGUACGGUUCUCCCCGCGUCGUGCUUCUUCUCCUAGAACACAACCGGCACAGCCAACACGACCCUCACAACGAUACCAUUCUCCGCAACGCACUAAGCAAGGCCAUCAUGAAGGAAGACGAAGAGCUCUGCCGACUGCUGAUAAAGCACGGUGCGACCGUAGACAAGCGAACCAAUCGACUGCUUGCGCGAAGAGCAAAAGAGGAGGGCCUGGAUUCGAUGGUGGGAUUUCUCAAGCAAUACGAGUAG